UAUGGCGAAAACAUUCAACUUUUCUAUGGUUUUUGGAUUCUGUUUGAUAAUAGUUUUAAUUUUCAAAACUGCGAAUCCCAUGAUCUUUGAAGGAAAGACGAGUUUUCAUUGUGGAGAUAAUCGCUUCUCAAUUGGUUCUCUAUUUAGUGCAGAAAAUGUUGCUCUCUCAGGGUACGUUACCAAGUCAGUAUGGACUCGAUCUUUGGUACACUGUAAUCAAGUGUGCUUGGCAGAACCAGAUUGGUGUGUUUCAGUCAACUUUGAUACCAAAAUAGACCAGGAAAAGAAUAAAAAUCUCUGUGAACUGAAUAGCCAUGGGAUAAGACAAAAUGAAGAAUUCCUUGCAAAUAAAUUUCAAAGUAGAAGAGGUUUUAUUUUCAGUCAAAUUAGACCCGCGAAGUAUGGCUGUUCUUGUGAAAAUGGCGGUACAUGCGACAAUGACUGCUCAUCUUUUGAAGUCAAAUGCCGCUGUACAGAAGGUUUUUACGGCACAAAAUGUGAAUAUAUCGACAAUUGUCAAGGAAUCACAUGUGAAAACGGCGGAACUUGUAAAGACUUGGUGAACAACUUCACUUGUUCGUGUGUGCCUGGUUACACAGGACGAUUCUGUGAGAAUGACAUCGAUGAUUGUCAGGGGAUCACAUGUGAAAACGGCGGAACUUGUCAAGACUUGGUGAACAACUUCACAUGUUCGUGUGUGCCUGGUUACGAGGGACGAUUAUGUGACAAUGAUAUCGAUGAUUGUCAAGGAAUCACAUGUGGAAACGGCGGAACUUGUAAAGACUUGGUGAACGACUUCACAUGUUCGUGUGUGGCUGGUUACACAGGACGAUUCUGCGAGAAUGAUAUCGAUGAUUGUCAAGGAAUCACAUGUAGAAGUGGUGGAACUUGUAAAGACUUGGUGAACAACUUCACAUGUUCGUGUGUGCCUGGUUACACAGGACGAUUCUGUGAGAAUGAUAUCAAUGAUUGUCAAGGAAUCACAUGUCAAAAUGGCGGGACCUGUCAAGACUUGUUGAAUAACUUCACAUGUUCGUGUGUGCCUGGUUACACUGCACGAUUCUGUGAGGAUAUCGAUGACUGUCAAGGAAUCACAUGUAAAAACGGCGGAACUUGUCAAGACUUGGUGAACAACUUCAAGUGUUCGUGUGUGCCUGGUUACACGGGACGAUUUUGUGAGAAUGAUAUCGAUGACUGUCAAGGAAUCACAUGUAAAAACGGCGGAACUUGUAAAGACUUGGUGAACAAUUUCACGUGUUCGUGUGUGCCUGGUUACACGGGACGAUUUUGUGAGAAUGAUAUCGAUGACUGUCAAGGAAUCACAUGUGGAAACGGCGGAACUUGUAAAGACUUGGUGAACGACUUCACGUGUUCGUGUGUGCCUGGUUACACUGGUCGAUUCUGUGAGAAUGAUAUCAAUGAUUGUCAAGAAAUCACAUGUCAAAAUGGCGGGACCUGUAAAGACAUGCUGAAUAACUUCACAUGUUCGUGUGUGCCUGGUUACACUGGACGAUUCUGUGAGUCAUCAACCUGUGACAUUACGUACGCUACGUAUUCAGUCAAUAAUGUCAUUCUAUACCCAUGGACUAAAGCAGCCUAUGCCAUGACCUUCUGUACRUGGGUACAGCUUAAAGACUCCAGGAACCAAUACCCAGCUUCAUUUAAGUACUCUAACCGUGGAUUGGGAUUCAUGUAUCGAACAGAUGGGACUGUAUUACUUCGUAUAGACUCUAGCAGUAUAACCUUAAACAUGAAGAUCCAACGAGAUGGUAACUGGCAACACCUGUGCAUCGCAUGGAGAAACACAGACGGCAAUGUGUCCAGCUAUCGUAACGGACAACUCGUAGAUAGCCGGCGGUCCUUCACAACUGGGGGCUCAAUCGUAGGAACUGGGACUUUAAACAUCUGUAGGAGAUCUGACCUCCGUGCUGCAUUCAUUGGGAAAAUCAGCAACUUCAAUAUCUGGUCAUAUUUUAUGACCGCUAAACAAAUCGCGAGCAUGGCCUCGAGUUGUCAACCGCUGACCAGUGAAGGAGAUUUAGUCAGUUGGUCUAAAGUUAAGAAUACGAGAAUGGAUGGACAAGUGUCUAAAGCCUGUCCUGGAACCUGUUAUGUUUAGAGACUAUACCGCAUGAUUUGGGUACUGAAGACUCACUUGAAUCAAAAGUUAUCCAAAAUUACAGACGUCACUACAUCAUCGGUUUUUUGAACCACUACCGGUAGCGAUCAACAUCUUCACACUAUAAAAGUGUUGAAGAAACAACAUUGAACAGCAGAGACAA